AUGACAGAUACUGAAAAAAGUUUUAAAGUUGUCCUUCUUGGUGAAGGUUGUGUUGGUAAAACAUCAAUAGUUUUUAGAUAUAUAGACAAUAUAUUUAACGAUAAACAUUUAAUGACUCAACACGCAGGUUUCUUUCAAAAACAUAUAAAUAUAGGUGGUAAAAGAAUUUGUUUGACAAUUUGGGAUACAGCAGGACAAGAAAGAUUUCAUGCACUAGGACCAAUUUAUUAUAGAGGUUCACAAGGUGCACUUGUUGUUUACGAUAUUACAGAUAAUGAUUCAUUUAUUAAAGCAAAAAAUUGGAUUAAAGAAUUAAAAACUAUGUUGGGAAAUGAUAUCUCUCUUUGUAUUAUUGGUAAUAAAUGUGAUCUAGAAAAAACUCGUGUCAUUCCUUUGGCUGACGCAGAAGCUUAUGCAAAAUCAGUAGGUGCAAUUCAUUAUAGUACAUCAGCAAAAUUAAAUAAGGGUAUUGAGGAACUUUUCUUAGAUCUCACAAGACGAAUGAUCUUAAAUUCUUCAGGUGUCGUAAUUCAUUCAAAUACCAACACUACAGGUCAAACUACAAAUAGAUCAGAAAGAAUUCCAAUUGUACCAGAUAGCGAUUCAGGUAAUAAACAACCAGGUUGUUGUUCAAAUUAA